UGCAGCUGCAUUCACUUCACAAGUAAGAUCUGUGGUAGGUCAAUAGCCGGUGGCGUGUGUCUGUAUGGUGCACGUGUUCCCCGCUGUCUUCAUCCCAUCUGAGCAGAAGCCAAAAUGCAACACCCCCAUUGCAGGCACACAAAAGAGAAAUGUGAUUGAUGUUUUUCGCUCUGGUGAAAUCGGACUGUUGAGGCUGGUUUUAACACUUUUUGUUAGAUUAGGCGGAGACUCUGAGUCCUGGCUAGAUUUAUAUGGGAUAGCCUGUAGAGAAUUCCUACUGAAAGGGAAGGAGCGCUGACGGAUUGUUAAACCCUCCGUCCACUUCUGUUUCCCAUCGGAUCUAGUCUACUCGCCGCAGAACGCGCUUUCACAUUGGAAGGAGAGUGCAGCCUACCAUUCCAUGCCUUCCCUAACCCAAGGCCCAUAUGAGAGAGGCCUUUAAAGAGGAGGGGAUUUGAUCAAACAAUCCAGCUCUGUAAGCCGGGAUGGAGGUUGGACCGGGACAGGGAGCGGGGUCGGGCUCCAGCCAGGCUGUGGAGGUGGAGUACCCCACCCAGGGGACAACUUCUCCAGCCGGGGGAGGAGGUGAUGCAAGGCUUGGCUCUUGCAAGCACAAUGGACUGAUCAACACCCGCAGCUUGAUGGUGGAGACUAAGGAAGGGCUGGUGUCUGUGUACUCGGCCCCCCAAUAUCAGGGUCACAUGGUGGUCAACCUGUCCCCCCAGCAGGAGCAGAAUGGCCGGGGAGUGGGCGGAGGAGGGGGACACCCACAGCUGCUCAACCCCAGCGCUCUGCCCCAGGGCAUGGACCCAUGCUUCAGGCCCGACCUGAUCCUGUACUCUGAGAACACACUGCGGGCCUGGGGGGAUGGAGGGGUCGGGGAUUGCUGUGAGACCACCUUCAUAGAGGACUUGGCAUCCGGCUCCUCUGCCGCCUCCAAGGAUGCGGUGAUGUUUGCCGAUGGCAAGUUCCUGGACCUGUCUGUGGAGGAUGCAAAGAUCCAGACCCUGUCCUAUGACGAUGAUGAGUUCCAGGAGCUGGAGAGCGAGUACUCGAGCGACUCGGAGAGUGAAGACAACUUUCUCAUGAUGCCACCGAGGGACCACUUGGGCCUGAGUGUCUUCUCCAUGCUAUGUUGCUUCUGGCCCUUGGGAAUCGCUGCCUUCUACCUGUCCCAUGAGACGAACAAGGCGGUGUCUAAGGGGGACUUACACUUGGCCAGCUCCAGCUCCAGACGUGCCCUCUUCCUGGCUGUGCUGUCAAUCACCAUCGGGACAGGCAUAUAUGUGGGCGUCGCUGUAGCUCUCAUCGCAUACCUCUCCAAGAACCACCACUUGUAGCCUUGCCCUGCCCCCAACCCAGUGCACUGGACUGACUGCGCUGGGGGUGUGGUUCACUUGGGGACAAUUGAACAAUGGAAUAUGGGCCUGCAAACUAUUGGACUAUCAGGAUGGACAGAACCUGGCCAUAUGGUUGGCACAAUUCGUGGGAUCUAACACAAGAGGUUCAUGAUAUGGAAAAUGGUAUUGUAACGGUCAAGUUAUUUUCUCAUUUUGACAAGGAAAAACUGGAAACUCUGUUAGUCGUUCCAUACACGACUGAUUUUAUUUUUCAGAUGUUUAAAAUUGGUAUGAGUUUUACCAAGGCAAAACACAACCUUUGAGAGGGCAGGCCAACAUGCACUAAAUAUUACCUGUACCAAGAGCAUAUUGUACGUUUACGGGGCAUGUUCUCUGCUCGGUUAACGGUGAGUUGUGGAUGUCCAGCUACAUUUACCACACUAUCAGUCACAUUUGGCAGCUCCUGUCGAGUAUAAAGAGGGUGGAUGAAAGGGCUGCUAAAGAUGUCACUCAUUCAUACAUUCAACCUGUAUACAUGUAUUCUACAUCACAUUGAAUUGAUCUGUGGAUGUCACAUAGUGGACACUGCAGCUCACUGACUGCAGCUCAACUGGAUCAUUUCUCGGUUGAAUACUACAAGUCUAUAAAGUAAGGUGAUGGCUUUUAUAUACAGUGCCUACAGAAAGUAUUCACACCCCUUGACUACAGCCUGAAUUUAAAAUGAUUUAAAUUGAGA